AAGUAAAUGUUCAUGUUUGUAUUUGUGGGUAGAGGGAAUGGAUAUCUAGAACUUUGGUUCUGUUGGAGCCUUUCUGGGACCCAAUUCUGUCUCUGAACAGGUGGGGGCGCUCUCACAACAGAAGGAAAAGAACAGGGAUUGAGCUGGCUCCAGACUUGGACCCAAACACUGACAGUUUAGUGGUACUAGGAAGACAAACCUUGAGACCUGUGAAGUUGCGGGAAAGCCUGGAACUAGAGUGCAGGCAUUGGCAUACCAGGUUUUGCCUGUGAAGGGGACUGCCCCUAGGGGGCAAAGCACCCAAGAACCCCUGUUGACAAACAUGAUUUCGUUGCUGGGCGGCCCUUGCUCCCGUAGGCCCUGUCUGUUGCUAACAUCAAGGAGCUGUUUAUGGAGCCUUCUCCCCACGGACUGGCCUCCAAGUGUCUCUCUCUUUCUCCCUAACUAAAGCUCGUGGGGCCCUCCCAACCUCCAGGGUUCUCACCACAGAUCUGGGAAGCUUGAGCAGGGGAAUGCUAACUCCCGGAUUCAGCAUUUCGCUGUCCUGUCCCUGGGGAAGGCAGUACUGGUUACUGCAACUAAAUCCGACUAGGGAACGAACAGGUUAACCUGCACAGAACUGACUCUGAAAGCCGCUGUAGUUCCGCUGGUAGCGUCACUGCCAACAUGGUGUUUUCAUUGGUGGAUGUAUCCAGAGCCCACCAAUCCAGAACCCGCUUCCUAGGACCCACCAAUCCAGAAGCAGGAAAGUGAAACGGAGCCUUGAGGGCCGCCAGAAUGGAGUCGACGGAGAGCCGGAGGGACCGUAAAAGUUAGGGGCGGGGAUACCAGAGUUGAACCUAGUCACCAGCUGAGGCUGGAAAAACCGAGUGCUGCAGUUCUGGCCUGUGGAGGGCUUGACCUGGCGAGAUAGCGUGGGCGUGGGCCUUAUCUGCACACGGACAGGAUGGACUGGUCCUAGGGCCUCUAUAUCACUCACUCGCUUUCUCGGGUUCCCCCUAUCUCGUGGGUAGGUCCUGGCCUCUGAACAAAGACUUCACUCUUCCACCAGCACGUACACGCGCGUUUUGCAUUAGUUGCUCAUUAAUCAGUAAGUGCCCAGAGGUGGGGUACGGGACCCGUGGGGUUUCUGCAGUUGUAAAGCAGGGUGCCUCCCGUUCUCCUGGGGUAUCUCGACUUUCCCCCAGGCCUUACGAUGGCCCGGACUGUGAUAGUGCUUGGCGGAGGUAUCAGCGGAUUGGCCGCAAGUUAUCAUCUGACCCGAAGCCCCAGUCCUCCUAAGGUGAUCUUAGUGGAGGGCAGCAAACGUUUGGGAGGCUGGAUCCGUUCAGUCCGAGGAUCAGAUGGUGCGAUCUUUGAACUUGGACCUCGAGGAAUUAGGCCGGCUGGAGCCCUGGGAGCCCGGACCCUGCUCCUGUUUCUCCUCUUCCUGAGGGCUUGUGGAGAGCAGGUUUCUGAACUUGGCUUGGAAUCCGAAGUCUUGCCUGUCCGAGGGGAUCAUCCAGCUGCCCAGAACCGGUUCCUGUAUGUAGGCGGUGCCCUGCACCCCCUACCCUCUGGCCUCAGGGGGCUACUUCGUCCUUCACCCCCCUUCUCAAAACCUCUAUUUUGGGCUGGACUGAGGGAGUUGACGAAGCCCAGGGGCAAAGAGCCUGAUGAGACUGUGCACAGUUUUGCCCAGCGCCGCCUUGGACCUGAGGUGGCGUCUCUGGCUAUGGACAGCCUUUGCAGAGGAGUGUUUGCUGGCAACAGCCAAGAGCUCAGCAUCCGGUCCUGCUUUCCCAGUCUCUUCCAAGCUGAACAAACCCACGGGUCCAUGUUACUGGGGCUGCUGCUGGGGGCAGGGCAGACUCCACAGCCCAAUUCCUCAUUAAUUCGUCAGGCCCGCGCUGAGCGAUGGAGUCAGUGGUCACUCCGUGGAGGGCUGGAGAUGUUGCCCCAGGCCCUUCAUAACUACCUAACAAGUAAAGGGGUCACUAUCCUCAGUGGUCAGCCAGCCUGCGGGCUCAGCCUUCAGCCAGAAGGGCACUGGAAGGUGUCUCUAGGGGACAGCAGUCUGGAGGCUGACCACAUUAUAAGCACCAUUCCAGCUUCAGUGCUCAGCAAGCUGCUCCCUGCCGAGGCUGCACCUCUGGCUCACAUCCUGAGUACCAUCCAAGCUGUGUCUGUGGCCGUGGUGAAUCUGCAGUACAAAGGAGCUUGUCUGCCUGUGCAGGGAUUUGGACAUCUGGUGCCAUCCUCAGAAGACCCGACCGUCCUGGGAAUCGUGUAUGACUCGGUUGCUUUUCCUGAGCAGGAUGGGAACCCCCCAGGCCUCAGACUGACUGUGAUGUUGGGAGGUUACUGGUUACAGAAGCUGAAAGCCAAUGGCCAUGAAUUGUCUCCAGAGCUAUUCCAACGAGCAGCACAGGAAGCGGCUGCCACACAGUUAGGACUGAAAGAGCAACCAAGCCAUUGCUUGGUCCAUCUACACAAAAACUGUAUCCCUCAGUAUACACUAGGCCACUGGCAAAAACUAGACUCAGCUCUGCAAUUCCUGACGGCCCAGAGGUUGCCCCUGACUUUGGCUGGGGCCUCCUAUGAGGGGGUAGCUGUCAAUGACUGUAUAGAGAGUGGGCGCCAGGCAGCAAUUGCUGUCCUGGGCACAGAAUCGAACAGCUGACCCCCACUCUCCUACUCAUGAAAGUAAAAGUUGAUGGAGCUUG